UCUUUUCUGUUUUUAGAUAUGUGAUUUCCAGCGUUUUGGAGGGAAUCAGUUGUCUUUUUAUAUUAUUAACACUACUCGUAUACGCAUGUUUGCCAUCCCUUCAAAAUCUUCACGGCAAGACGUUGAUGUGCCAUUGCGCAAGCCUUUUCAUGGCUUACCUUUGUCUUUCCCUGAUACCUUGGACUACACCGGAUAUAACGUCGAUUCAGGAAAGCCGCUAUACGACAUCGAAGAUAUUUUGCACAUCAAUAGGAUUCGCCAUGCUCUUCUUCUUCCUGUCAGCUUUUUGCUGGUUGAACGUCAUGUGCUUCGAUAUAUGGCGGACAUUCGGGAGCUUACACGGUAGCAUCUCCAGGAGCCAAAAUCACAACAAGAGAUUCCUGUUGUACUGCCUGUACGCAUGGGGCCUGUCCAUGUCUAUCACAAUUCUGGCCAUAAUAACCGACAAGACGGAUUACCUGCCGACGUCGAUGCGGCCCAAUAUUGGCACGAAAAACUGCUGGUUCGACUAUUGGCAAAGCAACUACAGCGAACUAAUUUUCUUCAGAGGGCCGAUCGCGAUUCAAUUGACGUUGAACGUGAUCUUUUUCAUUUUGACCGCUGAAAAGUGUAGCAAAGUGAAAGCCGAGAUAAGUAGAGUCGUCGAUCCACAGGAUCCACGGAGUAAACGAUUUCACUCCGCUAAAAUUAGGUUCAUCAUGAACAUGAAGCUGUUCGUUGUUAUGGGUAUAUCCUGGAUCGCAGAGAUGCUCCCUUUGUUCAUUCAGAAAUAUUCCAAUUUUUAUAAGGAAGAAAUAUUUUAUGCGGCAGACAUAUUGAACAGUCUUCAAGGAUUGUUAAUAUUUAUUUUAUUCGUGAUGAAACGUCGCGUUUAUCAGGCUUUAAAAAAACGACUAGGUCUUGAGUCGAGGAAAUCCACCUCGAGUCAAGGUACGUCGAUGCUGCAAGAUCCCUUCAAAAUGAGAAAAAGCGCGAGCAACAGCACGUUAACGUCUAGUGUGAAUGUUAGCGGAGCGCCUUAACCAAAGAACACUAAAUUAUAAUUGUGAUUCUCAAUUAUGGAUAUUGUAACGAUGAUUUUUUACAUACUCAAGCAUUUUAAUGUGAAUAUCUUUUUAUACUAUUUGGUUUAUACUAUUAGUUAUAUCCUGUUUUUAUACAUAUAUGAUUCAUUCACUUUACUCGUAAUAUUAUUGUUUGCUGUUUCAUCAUUGUAUAGCAUUACUGUCUGUCGUGUUUAUUUGCGACGAUGCUAAUGUAAAGUUUCCUAUAAUAAACGUACAUAAAAAUGUAAUAAUCGCAAUUAAGAAAUGCAUGUAACUUUGUUAUCAGUAUACAACUUGCGCAGGAUAUAUUAUCAUUAUCGAUUUCUCUCGUUCUUGCAAUUGGAAUGAAUUUAUUUUAUACAAUUAUGACAAUUAAUUUACUGUCAAAUGUGCUCUCUAAUUUUGCCACAUCGAGAGUAAGAGAUGGAAAAAUCAAAGGCCUGACAAAUAUGACUUACAUAAAUAUUUUUUCUGCCUUAUCUUUACGACCGUAAAUUAAAUUCAAGUUCCUGGUGUCCAAUUUAUCCACAGCUUUUCAAUUCUGCGUAAAUAAGUUAUCUGUUCGGAGUUUUAAUCCCGUUCUGAAUUAUUUUAUCUCGAAUGGAAAUCAUGUCACCAAUUAUUCAUAUUUUGUGAUAAAAAAGAGAAGUAAAGUAGAAGCAUGUAAAUAUCCAAACGAUUUUCACUGUCCACUUUGUUAGUAGUAAAAGGCGUUAAACAAUUCGCAGCACCAUUUAAGCAACCACGGUUCUGUGUUUCGCUGGCUAUUAGCGACGGGAAAUUCGGUUGAACAUUUCAGAGUAGAGCAGGUGUUGGCCGGAAAGUACGGUAAAAAAGGACGAGCAAAGAAGAAAACGAUACUUUUUGCCAUUUGCCAUCUCUUCUAUUCUUGGUCGCACGAUUCUUUAAAAAUUACGUGCUCGAUUACUUUCUCUCCCUUCCUUGGGUUUUAUCUCUGCCUAGUAGAUUUAUAACCGUCCAAUCUUUUGCAUUAAAAAUAUCAAGCGAACGAUGAAGAAUAUAAGGGAUUUUGUGUCAUUGGCUUUUUAUAUUAAUGUAUCUUCCUAAAUGAUCUUUUUAAAUUAUGUUGAAAUUGUUUAAACUUCACGAGAGAACAAACCUUUUUCGCGCAGCUUGCCUUCAUUAUUCAUACCACGCCUUUUGUAGCAAUUGGUAAAUGGAUAUGUAUAGUGUCAAGCAAGAACCGUACAAAGGGACUUUCUUCAAAAAAUUACUGGAAUUUCUAAGGAACUGGCAGGGGAUAUUAUAUGGAAAUGGAGAUAGUAUUUUUCAUGCUCCACAUUUCGUUUUCUUCAUUACUGACAUGGGGCGGUAAGAAAGUUUUAAGAAUCAGUGUGGGCAAUUUAUAGAUAGACAAAGAGGGAGAGAACGAGAGCGGUACGAUCUUUUAACUUUCAUACACAAAAGCGAUAUACCUCGCCCGGAAAAAUACUCGCAGUUUUUAAACCGAUCCUAAAUCACGGGGACGCACGAUAAACGGCUCCUUUUUUUCGAAACCUUUAUAUCCGUAUCAACGUCGUGCCGCGGAAACGAUCGCGUCGAUUAUUUUCAUGGCGAAGGAAAAUAAUCGCGGUAUGCGACGAUACUUGACAUUUUGAAAACCCUGGAAAUAUUACUGAGAAUCGCCGGAUUUCACCGAAUCCUACCAGCUACCGCGAGUUUUUGCGUAAACAUACAUAUGUAUUCAUACGCGUACAUGACCAACAGGUUUCCGAUUUGACGUUAGAACGUUAGAACUAAUUAUUCCAAACCACUUCUGUCCAUGUUAAUAACAAGUAAAUAUGUAUAUCUGUAAAUAUGCUACUUAAUUAAUUUUAAUUAUUUUGAAUUAAGUCAAAUUAUUUGCGAAUAAAAAGAGAUUAUAAGAGAUGAAAGAGAACUCUUGCCAACAUUUUAUAUGAUCAUAUAUAAAUACUGUACAUAAUCGUUUAUUUGUAUACAAGAUAUCUCACUUGAUUUUCAUAUUUCGUUCACGUUAUUAUUAUGACACGUAGCAAACAACUUUUGGAUUGAUCUUUGAGUGGCUGAAAUAUUGCAUUUAAUCGAUGCAGCUUGGCAUAGUCGAACAAGGUUCAAACCCUUCGCUGUCGCUUAAUUGCCGAGAAGCGAAAAUAAAUAUUGAUGCUAGGGGGAUCCACCCAGGAAUUAUUAAACAUUAGCCCGACAGUUUAAUGCAUUAUCAAUCGAUUUUUCUUUAGGCAAAUAUUGACAGUCUCGACCUAGUCGAGGUGCAAUCGCAACCUGGUAAUGUUUAACUGAUAGCUUCUUGGCGAUUGGCCACUCAGAUAUCGACGGAUCCCUAUCCGAUAAAUCGGGGUUAAUUAAUUGUUUCCCUAAGGACGAAGUUGUUCGAGAACCGGAAAAAAAAACGUGAGAAAAAUGCUUACUACGCGAACGAUUCGACAAAUGAGAUGUAAACGUGAUGACUAAGCGAGAGUUAUCGCGUGUUAUAAAACAAUAAAUUUUAACACUGUUGUAGAUCGUUUUAAAUGAAAUAUUGGAUGCUCACUAUUGUCUACAUAUAUUUGAUUUGCUACUAAAUGCCGUACAAUAGAAAUAUAGCUUCUUGAAUACGAUACAGAUAAAUGUUAUCCUCUGUCAUUUCUUCCUGUCAUCGAGAAGAAAUAGCUAAUUUACGUUGGAUUUGCCUUGCGUAUACUUAUAGUUUUUUAUAACGAUAUAUAAAGUUAAAAUUUCUGUACUGGUUGUAUAUUGUAUUGUAUAUGUAUGAGGAAAAUAAAAUGAAUGUGUGAUAA